AUGAAGUUCUCCCAUAGCAUUCAGUUCAAUGCUGUUCCAGAUUGGAGCAGCCAUUACAUUGCAUACAGCAAUCUUAAGAAGCUAAUCUACAACCUCGAAAAGACCGCCCAUCAGGCACGCGGAACCACUGGCGAUGCCGAAUCUCGACCUCUUAUAAACCAAGAAGAUGCCGAAGAGGUCUUCUCUCGAGCUCUUGGCGUCGAGCUAGAAAAGAUAUGCUCAUUCUACGUUGCCAAGGAAGGCGAGCUGCUCGAGGAAGCUGCGCAACUGCUACGCGACGUUGGUGACGAGGCCGAAGAUGCCAUCGCCGAUAACCGCUACCUUCGCAGGCUCUCUGUUUCAUCAGCCCACCGUCCUGAUGGUCGCAACGGCUUCCGCUCGAGAAGUCCUCGGAGCCGUAGCACCGACAAUGAAGAGAGCGCGAGCGAGGAGGAAGAUGAGACUACUGGGCUUACAACGAGGCGACGAAGCAGCGGAGGCCGCAGGCGCACACUUCCCAACAUCCAUAAGCCGCAUUCUGAAGAUCUGAACGCUUCCUCCGAGUUCGGUCGCGACAUGAGGAGGCACAGCACCACAGUCGACGAAAACGAUGAACAAGCUCUCAUGUUCUCUUCUGGCAUGUUUUCGUCUGGUAUCAUGCUCAAGAAGCGCAUUAUCGGCCUCUAUGUAUCACUCUGCGAACUCAAGUCAUUUAUCCAGCUUAACCGCACCGGUUUUGCCAAGGUGCUCAAGAAAUUCGACAAGAUCCUUGAUAAAGAACUCAAGGGACCCUAUUUGCGAGCCCAUGUCGAGACAGCCUACCCCUUUAAAGAUGAGACAAAGCGUGUUCUCGAGGACAACAUUACCAAGAUGGAGAAGGCCUAUGCUGAGAUUGUCACUGGCGGAGAUGAGGAGCUCGCUCGCAAAGACCUUCGUUCGCAUCUCAGAGAACAUGUUGUCUGGGAGCGUAACACCGUGUGGCGAGAUCUUAUUGGUAUCGAGCGCAGAGCUGAAGCUGCGGGCUUGGGACAAGCACUUCUCGGACAAGAGAGAGGGAAUGUCACAAGGAGGUUGCAAGGCGACGAGGCCAAAGCUCCCCGAGAAACCCAGUUCCGCACACCCUUUGGCAAGAUUACCUUACCUCCAUGGCUCGCUAGCUCGUCUCUUUGGACACUGGUUGCUUGUCUUACUGUCUUCUUCCUGCUGCUUCUGCUCCCCAUCAUGGAGAAGCCCGAGCAACAGAACUGCCUGGCAAUGCUUGUCUUUGUCAGUUUGUUAUGGGCCACUGAGACCAUUCCCCUCUUUGUGACAUCAUUACUUAUCCCAUUCCUCUCUGUUGUCUUGAACGUCGUUCGUGAUGAGACACCAGGCAAGCCUCAAAAACGCCUCGACUCUAAAGCAGCCACAUCUGCCAUCUUUGCUGCCAUGUGGACGCCUGUCAUCAUGCUUCUACUCGGCGGUUUUACUCUAGCAGCUGCUUUGUCCAAGUGUACUAUUGACAAGCGACUGGCGACUCUUGUCCUUAGCAAGGCCGGCACCCAGCCCAAGACUGUGUUGAUUGCCAACAUGUUUGUGGCCGCAUUUGCGUCUAUGUUGAUUAGCAAUGUCGCGGCUCCUGUGCUAUGCUAUUCUAUCAUCGAGCCCAUGCUGCGAACGUUGCCUUCUGAUUCCAACAUGUCGAAAGCUGUCAUUAUUGGUAUCGCACUCGCCUCCAAUAUCGGUGGAAUGCUCUCACCCAUCGCUUCUCCCCAGAACGUCGUGGCAAUGGGCAUCAUGCAACCCGCGCCCACGUGGCUGCAGUGGUUCUUUAUUGUCAUUCCUGUCGGCGCUCUCUCGAUUGUUCUGAUCUGGCUCCUCCUCCUGGUUACCUUCCAGCCAGGCAAGGGUACCACGAUUGCCCCUAUUCGGCCUGUCAAGGAGAAGUUCACUGGUCUCCAAUGGUUCGUUACUAUCGUCACCAUUUCUACCAUUGCUUUGUGGUGUGCCAGCCACCAGCUAGAGGCCGAGUUUGGAGACAUGGGUGUUAUUGCUAUUAUCCCCAUCGUGCUAUUCUUCGGCAUCGGCUUGCUGACCAAGGAGGACUUCAACAACUUCCCAUGGACCAUCAUCAUCCUUGCAGCCGGUGGUUUGUCUCUGGGCAAAGCUGUACGCUCGUCUGGUCUGCUACAUACCCUCGCUGAGAUCGUCUCUGAGAAGGUGGAGGGCAUGAGUCUGUACGGUGUCCUGGUUGUUUUCUCAACUCUGAUCUUGGUUAUCGCAACAUUCAUCAGCCACACAGUCGCUGCCCUUAUCUUCCUGCCUCUUGUCUUUGACGUUGGUGUUGCUAUGGACCAGCCUCACCCCAACCUGCUUGUCAUGGGUGGAGUGCUCAUGUGUAGUGCAGCCAUGGGUCUGCCAACCAGUGGAUUCCCCAACAUGACUGCUAUCAUGAAGGAAGACCCGUUCGGCCAGCGUUAUUUACAGGUCAAGCAUUUCAUUAGCCGCGGUGUGCCCAGCAGUCUCAUUACUCUUGUUGUGGUUGUGACUCUUGGUUAUGGGAUUAUGCAAGUCGCGGGACUUGACUAA